CCCCCCACACUUCUGGAAGGCCGCCUGUAUCUGACAGGCUAACAUCAGCAGGCAAGAGCCUAAAGGACCUCGGUCUAAACACCGAGCCGGUUGACCUUGAGACGAGGGAGCCUGAGACGCCCUCGAGCCGGCGUCUAGCUGCAGCAAUCGGCUCCAAUGCGGCUGGGGGUAGGGUGAACCCUCAGCCUGAAAAUGAAGGUAUGGCUUUCACCUUUGAUCCCCCCUAGCCGCUUGGGCCUAUACGAGUCAAGUCCUAAGCUACCCAAUCAGGGGAUUUCUCCGACAGCCAACAGAAUAUAGGUACCGCCUAUGCUCGUUACUUAACAGAUAACUCUAUUGGUGCAGAUGCCUCUUCCCGUUGGCCUGACCUCCAACAAUACGCAAAGAGGAUGUUGAGGACCAUCACACAUUCCGAGAAGGAGGUGGUUGUGGUUGUGCAUCAAGUCAACAUUGACCGCCUCAAUGCCCUACUUGCUGAGGUGAUGCUGAGGGUAGACGGCCUCAAGGUUCCCUUGAGAAAGAAGCAGGAGGAGGUAAAGGAUGCCAAUAGGCGAGAGGCUGAUCUCAUAGAUGUUACUCAAUACAACACACUAAUGUAUGGAAUUAAAUCUAAAAGCCAAGAGAUGAAACAGGAGGAGCUUAUCAAGGAGCUCACUGCGACUAUGGAGACGACCAACAAGAAGGCAGCCGAUUUUGAGCUACAAGUGAAAAACCUCCAGUCCGAUGUCAAAGCACUGGGGGAUGCUGAUAAAGAGAACACCCAGCUGAGGGCAGACGUCUCGCGGUUGAAGAACAAGUUAGCCUAGACGCAGGCCGGCCACAAGGCUAAGCUAGCGGCCGAGCAGGACCAUCUGGUCGCUGAAAACGAGCAAGACUGCGAGGCUCGUAUGAAGAUGGUCUGGUCCCUCGUCCACCAGGAAUGCGAAUGGGAGUUCUUUGAGCUGAGGUACAAGUAUGCCACUGAGGUAUACGAUGCUCAAGCUCUUGGCCUUAAGAAGCCGGCUCCCUUCGAGGAAUGGGCUAGCAUUACGGGCUUAGAGGAAGAUCAGGAGGAGGAGCAGGCGGAAGAACAAGCGCCUGUUGAUGCUAAUCAAGCCCAACCUCAGCAGACUUAGGAUGCCCCUCCAUCCGGCCAGGGCCAGACAUCUUCACAUCCCUAGAAGCAGUGAACUUUAUUUUUAUUUCCGGCCUGCGUGCCGAGUAUUUUAUGUGUAUUCUCUUUCCUCCCCGGACGUAGUUCCAGCUGACAAUUACUUUUUAAUAGAAUUUGUUGACUGAGUCGCUUUUGCCUACA